GGAACGUUCUCUUGUCGGGCUGAUAUCCAUGUAACCCGAGAACGCCAGCCUUUACGAUGCACUCGAUGAAACUAGGCGAUUAUCUGUUACGCUUCCUCCAUUCUAUUCGACCACAUCGACGACGACUCUGGCUCUGACAGUAUGGGUCAACUCUGGUCUUCCACUUUCCCUCCUUCCCCGAAAUGGUCUGUAAAAGACAUACCAGACCUGUCCGGAAAGGUUAUGAUCGUGACGGGUGGUAACAGCGGAAUUGGGAAAGAGAUUAUUCGUGCUCUUCUCACCCACGACGCCAAAGUCUACCUCGCAGCACGGAACGCCGAAUCCGCAAAAGCUACCAUUGUAGAACUCAAAAACGACACAGGGAAAGAACCGAUCUUCUUGAGCCUCGAUCUGUCGAGCUUGAAGUCUGUAAAGAUGGCGGCAGAGGAGUUCAUGAGCAAAGAGCGGAAGCUGGAUACCUUGUUCAACAACGGUGGCGUCAUGUUCUUGACGAGCGCUCCUCAGGCGGACGCUAUCAGCGAAGAUGGGUAUGAUAUACAAUGGGCCACAAAUGCGUUGGGUCCAUGGUACUUCACUCACCUUUUAACACCUGCUUUAAUUAUCGCCGCGGAGACCUCACAGGACACGAAAGCACGGAUACUGUUCACGUCGUCGAUCGUCCAGGGAAAGGAUCUAAAUUGGGAUGCGAUGAAAGACACCCCGGCACGAAGGAAGAUGUCGGCAGACGCGCGAUAUGGGCAGUCGAAGCUUGCGAAUACUGUCAUGUCUCGUGAGAUGGCUAGAAGGUACGGAGACAAGGGGAUAGUUUCUAUGUCGCUGAACCCAGGCGGCAUCAAAACUGGGCUUCAGCGACAUAUGCCAGCUCCCUUCCGAUUCCUGCUCAACCUGAUCAUGUAUCCCGCCUCCAUGGGUGCACUCACUCCUCUGUGGGGCGGCACUUCUCCCGAAGGCGCAGAUCUGAAUGGAAAGUUCCUGGUUCCUUGGGGCCGAGUGGGCAUUAUGCACCCUGCAGCGGAGAAUUCUGAGCUGGGUCGAAAGCUAUGGACGUAUUUAGAGGAGCAAGUGAAGGAGAUCAUGGAUUGAGUACGCUUGGUAUCUGUCUAUUCAAAUGACUAAACCAAUGGGUUGUCUUCGGGUGCUCGGGACAAGGUGUUUUCCUGCUGUUGGGCCUUGAGGUUCGAUUCUGUCGAACCUCUGCAUUUGUUGCUGCAAACGCACUGGGGAUAUUAUUUGUAAACCAUUGGUUAAUAGGUUGUCAUGAG